AUGGUUUAGAAAAGUCAUUAGUUCUCUCAUUUUAUUAUUAUUGAUGGUCACUUAUGGUCGUAGAGGUUAUAUUGCUAAAACACCGUAACAGUUUUCUGAAAAAAUGACUCCAACGAUAUUCAAGAAUAAUGUCAUACGUAUAGUACUAUGCAUCGGAAUCAUAUUGAUUCAUAAUUCGUCAGGAGAAAAAGUCAAGAAGAAUAUCAACUUAUACUACGAUCUUCAAAGCCCGCCAUGUAGAGCCGUUUUAUUGACUCUCGAAGCUUUGAAUUUGGAAUUUAACUUGAUACGUUUACGUCUCUUGCUUAGUGAACAACUUUCAGACGAUUUCCGCAAAAUUAAUUCCCUACACACUUUACCGGUAAUACAAGACGGUGACUUUGUUUUGUCGGAUAGUCAUGCAAUCAUCGUGUACUUGGUUCGAAAAUACGGCGGAAAAAAAGAUCAUCCGCUGUUCCCCAAUGACCCGAAACUGCAAGCGCAGGUUAACCAAAGACUGCAUUUCGACAACGGCACCUUGUUCCCGGCUUUUACAAUUCAAUACAACCCGUGGAUUUAUUUUAACGUAUCAAAAACCGAUGAAAGAGAGGAAAAAAUCCACGAAGCGCUCGUGUUUUUAGAAAAUGUUCUGAAAAAAUCUCCUUGGACAGCCGGUGAAUCAAUGACUGUGGCCGACUUUUCUUUGGUUGCCACCAUUACGACCCUUAAGGUUGCCGGUGUAGAAAUGAAGAAGUACGACAAAAUAAAUGAAUGGCUUAUAAAGUGCUCGACUUCAAUGGAUGGAUACCAAAAGGCUAACCAAGAGGGAAUCGAUUUUAUCAUAGAUAUGAUAAAAAGACUGGAUAAGAAAUUUAAAAGGUCACCUCCAACAAAAAGUCCACAAUACCCCAGAAUUCCAGCUCACCAUAACCUUAUAAAGGUAGGUGGUGCACCACAACAUUAUUGGGCGCACACGAAUUGCGUACCAAAACAGGUUGCCGGCGUUGAUUUGAAGAAGUACGACAAAAUAUUUAAAAGGUUUAUAAAGUGCACGAAUACUAUGGACGGAUAUGCAGUGGCUAAUCAAGAGGGAAUCAAUGAACUCGAAGCUACGUUAGAAUUUGUGAAUGAGAAUGUGAUUAGACCUCUGGGAUUUAUGGUCAUUAUCAAUAUGUUAACAAUAAAAAAACAAAAAGUCGAAAAGAACAUCAACUUGUACUACGAUCCUAUCAGCCCGCCAUGCAGAGCCGUUUUAUUGACUCUCGAAGCAUUGAAUUUGAAAUUUAACUUAAUAUACAUACAUCUCUUGGAUAGUGAACAACUUACAGAAAAUUUCCGCAAAAUAAAUUCUCUACACACUGUACCGGUAAUAGAGGAAGGUGACUUUGUUUUGUCGGAUAGUCAUGCAAUCAUCGUGUACUUGGUUCGAGAAUACGGUGGAAAAGACGAUCAUCCGCUGUACCCCAAUGACCCGGAAAUUCAAGCGCAGGUCAACCAAAGACUGUAUUUUGACGACGGCACCUUGUAUCUGGCUUUUAGACGUCAAUACAACCCGUGGAUUUACCGUAACAUACCGAAAACCGAAGAAGGAGAGAAUAAAAUCCACGAAGCGCUAAGGUUUUUAGAAAAUGUUCUGAAAAAAUCUCCUUGGGCAGCCGGUGAAUCAAUGACUGUGGCCGAUUUCUCUUUGGUCGCUUCUAUUUCGACCUUUAAGGUUGCCGGUGUUGACUUGAAGAAGUACGACAAUAUAAAUGAAUGGUUUACAAAGUGCGAGAAUAAAAUGGAUGGAUACAAAGAGGCUAAUCAAGCGGGAAUCGAUGUAACCGAUAAAAUGUUAAUAUCUCUGAAUAAGAAAUCGGCAAACUAACCUCAAACGCAGAGUCUAUAAUUAUAAUAUGCUUUUCUUUUGACAAAAUUUCGAGUGUCGUGUUUUAAUUACACAUUUUUUUGUUUGUUUGAACUACUCAAUUACAUAAUAUUAAUUAUUGCUUUUUACAAAUUUUAAAAUAUAAAUAUAAUUUCGUUUGUACGAAAUUACUUUUGCCACAAAUUGUGUGGUAGGUAGUGCGUAUAGAUGAUAACCUAAUUAUAUUAAAUAAUAUUUGGAUAUACCUAUUUUUAGUUUAUAUUAGGCUAUCUGAUAAAUCGUAAAAUGUAUUUGCUGUCAAAAAUAAAUGAAUAUAAAAUAUAAAUCUUAAUGUGUUUGUAUCGAA